AUGUCCGACACCACUCAAGAUACGUUGUUGCAGCAUCUUUCAGAAUUUCUGAUCACUUAUGGUCCCCUCCCAGCCGAUAUAGACUUCGGCGAAGAACUUACCGAGGCUCAUGGUCUUAUUGCUGAGUGUUUGGAGGCUCUCACCAAGCCUCUCGACACCCCCACGCCAUCAGAACCCGUCAUCGAUACGGCCCAGGAAGAGGUUAUUACCAGCCUCACCACAGAACUAGAAGCAGCCAACGAAAAGGCUGCCGAUUUUUGGCAAACCUUGUGCGAUAACCAGGAAGAUUCUACCGAGAUCAUCCGAGGUCGCGACGAGGUUAUCUGUAACGGCAGCUAUGUGUCCAUAGUCCAUAGUCCACGACCCUCCUACGUCUACGUCUUCGCCUCGGUUGUAUUCCUUGGCUUCAUAGUCCCUACGCCCAUAGUCCCCGUUACACUUAGGUUGCAUCCUCCACAGCCAACCAAUACAACACCGCCUCGCUUAGCUCUGAUCGCGACCAUAUCCGACACCACUCAAGAUACGUUGUUGCAGCGUCUUUCAGAAUUUUUGACCACAUAUGGUCCUCUCCCAACGGAUAUAGACUUCGGUGAUGAGCUUACCGAAGCCCAUAAUCUCAUUGCUGAAUGUUUGGAGGCUUUCAUCAAGGCUUCCAAAAUCCCCGAACCCGUUAUUGACACGGCCCAAGAAGAGGUCAUUAUCGGCCUCAUCAAGGAACUCGAAGCAGCUGACAAAGAGGCUGCCGAUCUAUUGCAAACCUUGUCCGAAUGCCAGGAAGAGUCUACCAAGACUAUCCGGGGCCGCGAUGAAGUUUUCGUUGCUCUCAAGGGCGAGCUAGAGGAGUCUAAGGCUGAAGAGGAGGAGCUUCGGUAUCGCCUGGCACUACAUCAGGAAAGUCUCGCCAUCGCUGACGAGAACCUCGCUGAUGCUGAAGAUGAGAUUCUUCACAUCACCUCCGUUGCAAAGGCCUGGGAGGCCCAAGCCAAUGCCACCAUCGCUGACCUUCGUUCCCGUGUCUCCGCUUCUGCCACCACAGUCAAACCCCUACGUCGCCAUGUCCCCGCUAAGUCUCGUUACCUCGCCCCUUGUUCCAAACAUCCCCGUAACAUCAGCAAUUGGCGAGAAAAGCCAAUUGAACAAGUGUCUCAAAAGCCGGCGUUAAAAGAUAAGAUGUCUGAAGACUCUCUUGUCGUCACCUGCUCUGUCUCCCAGAACCCCGAUUCCUUCGUCCCUACCUAUGCUCUUAUCGAUACAGGAGCAUCAGGUUAUGCGUUCAUUGACCAAGGCUUUAUGGAAAAACAUGGACUCUCCCCGGUACUCCUGAAAAAACCACGACUACUCGAGGUAAUCGAUGGUAGGCUAGUUGAAUCAGGAAAAAUUACUCAUAUCGUCCACCUCUUGUUAGACAUCCAUGGCCAUCAGGAAACCGCUCCGUUCUUCGUUACCGAAUUGAGUCACUAUCCGAUUGUGAUGGGGAUGCCUUGGAUGCGACAACAUGAUGUUACCAUCCGACCAAAAGAAAAUCUGCUUGUUUUUGAUUUUCGGAACUGUUGUCAACACUGUUCACUCAGUGGAACGGCAGUUACUGUCCAUGGCAUUUCGAUUUCCUUACCGGAAUACCAUACGGUUGUCGCUUCAGGAACGGAUAAGCCUAAUGUCAAUGUCGAACAGUUAGUACCAAAGGAAUUCCAUCACCGUCUCCACAUGUUUGAAGAGUAUGAUGCCUCAGUCCUACCACCGCACCGGCCAUCCCACGAUAUCGAAAUUGUUUUAGAAGAAGGAAAACGACCACCGUAUGGACCAAUAUAUGGCCUUUCCCAAGUGGAACUAAAAGCACUACGGGAAUACCUCGAUGAAAAUCUACCUAAGGGAUUUAUUCGAGCCAGUGAAUCACCAGCGGGAGCACCCAUACUAUUCGUAAAGAAAAGUGAUGGGACUCUUCGGCUCUGCGUGGAUUAUCGGGGCCUCAAUGCAAUCACGGUUAAAAAUCGGUAUCCGUUACCACUUCUGAAGGAAACUCUGGCUAAACUGUCAAAGGCACAGUAUUAUACCAAGUUGGAUUUGCGAUGGGGAUACAAUCAAAUCAGGGUAGCAGAGGGGGAUGAAUGGAAAACAGCGUUUAGGACUCGCUAUGGACAUUUUGAGUAUACCGUAAUGCCAUUUGGAUUAGCGAAUGCCCCUGCUACAUUUCAGCAUUGGAUCAAUGAUAUUCUACGCCCCUACCUCGACCAAUUUGUAACGGCGUAUUUGGACGAUAUCCUGAUUUAUUCCGAAACUCUAUCGGAACACAAGGAACAUAUUCAAAAGGUUUUGAAGGUACUUGAUGAGAAUCAUGUCCAUCUUAAACCUGAGAAGUGUGAGUUUAUGGUUCAAGAAACGAAGUAUCUUGGUUUGAUUCUCACCCCGGAUGGGAAUCGAAUGGAUCCGAAGAAAGUUGUCGAUAUUUUGGAGUGGUCUACACCAAAGAACCUUCAUGAUGUUCAAGUAUUUUUGGGAUUUGCGAAUUUCUAUCGACGGUUUAUUUUAGGAUAUUCAAGGAUUGUUGCUCCGCUUACGGCUUUGACCAAGAAAAAUAUUAAAUUCGAAUGGACGGAUGAGAGGGAGGAAGCAUUCCAGACAUUGAAAAAGAUGUUCACCACGGCACCCAUAUUAGCGCACUUUGAUCCGAAUCGGAAAAUCGUAGUAGAAACCGAUGCAUCCGACUAUGUUACUGCUGCAAUCCUGUCCCAACGUGAUGAUGAAGGAAUUUUACAUCCAGUUGCUUUCUUCUCAAAGAAGCAUUCCCCUGCGGAAUGCAACUAUGAAAUCUUUGACAAAGAACUUCUGGCAAUUGUACGAUGUUUUGAGGAAUGGCGACAUCAUUUGGAAGGGGCCCAAUUCCCAAUCGAAGUCCUCAGCGAUCAUAGGAACCUCGAAUAUUUUAUGUCAACAAAGCUAUUAAACCGUCGACAAGCCCGUUGGUCGGAAUUUCUUUCACGUUUCGAUUUUGUCAUUCAAUUUAGACCAGGAAAACAAGGGGCAAAGCCGGAUGCAUUGAUUAGGAGGUCGGGUGACCUACCUAAGGAGGGGGAUGAACGGUUGACGCAUCAAAGCCAGGUCGUUUUGAAGCGAAAAAAUUUGGAUUCAAACCUAAGUUUGUUCGCGGGUUCUUUUUCAAAUGAAUCCGCUGAAGGAAUGUCCACUGUAGAAGAGUUGUUUUUAAAUGCUUACCAAGUUGACAGUUUCCCGAACAAAGUACUCGCGAUGCUUCGGAACCGCGUCCAUCACUCGAAUAAGAUCUCGCUUGCCGAAUGCACGGAAGAUAACAACGGUCGGCUACUUUACCGUUGCGCACUCUAUGUACCGGAUGUCAACGACCUUCGGCUAAGACUUCUCAAAGAACACCAUGACAAACCAUCAGCAGGACAUCCUGGUAGAGCAAAGACCCUAGAGCUUUUGAAUCGAGAAUACUACUGGCCACAAAUGCGAAAGUAUGUCGACCAGUAUGUUAGGAAUUGCAAUGUGUGUGCCCGUAGUAAGGCACCACGUAAUGCGCCUUAUGGAGUACUCCGUCCCAUGCCAAUACCUGAUGGACCGUGGACGGAUGUGUCAAUGGAUUUUGUCACCGAUAUCCCCGAAAGCAAUGGGUAUAAUGUGAUUCUAGUUGUGGUAGAUAGACUAACCAAAAUGCGACAUCUAAUACCAACAACUAAGGAGACAGACUCGAGGGAAGUAGCGAGGCUGUAUAUCGACAAUGUUUGGAAACUACAUGGAUUACCUAAUACCAUGGUUUCCGAUCGGGGGACUCAGUUCGUUGCAGAAUUCUGGAGGUCACUAUGCGAUCGUCUGGAAAUAUCAUCAAAGUUCUCUACUGCGUUCCACCCUCAAAUGGAUGGGCAAACGGAGAGGAUUAAUGCCGUGAUGGAGCUGUAUCUUCGGAGUUAUGUCUCCUAUCAACAGGAUGAUUGGGCUCGAUGGUUACCAAUGGCCGAAUUCGCAACCAAUAACCAUGCUUCGGAAACAACAAGAAUUUCUCCGUUUUAUGCCAAUUUGGGAAGGAAUCCAAGAAUGACUUUCGGCCCUCUGGAACAUGGCAAGACGACAGCGGAAGACCAAGCGAAUACUAUUGCACGAGAGAUGAAGGAUAUACUAGACGUUUUACGAGCUGAAUUGUUCCGAGCACAAAGGAUUCAAGAAGAGUCGGCCAAUAUAAGUCGGACUCCAGCGCCUUACUAUCGUAUGGGGGAUAAAGUUUUCCUAUCGACCCACCAUGUCCUCACCAAACGACCCUCGAAGAAACUCGAUUGGAAGCGUAUUGGGCCAUAUCUCAUUAAGCGAAUUGUCAAUCCUUAUGCCUAUGAGUUGGAACUCCCUCGUUCUAUGAAAGUUCAUCCUGUAUUCCAUGUCUCUUUAUUGUCGUCUGCAGCAAACGAUCCUUUACCAGGACAACAACAGUUACCACCACCGCCGGUCGAAGUUGAAGGACAGGAGGAGUGGGAAGUCGAGGAUAUUUUGGAUUCCAGGGCUCGUCGGGGAAGAUUUGAAUACUUGGUUAAGUAUGCCGGUUAUGACGAAGCUUCGUGGCAGCCAUUGUCGGAUGUUGAACAUUCGCCCAAUAUUGUCAAACGAUUUCACGAACGAUAUCCACGAAAGCCUAAGCCUACCAGGAGGUAG